GCGGUAUCUGUGCCUAUUCACUUACAAGAUUCAAAGCAACGCCAGCGUCUCCUACUCCUCACGCCGUGGACAGUCUGCACUGGCCAAAGUCCAAUGCAUUGCUGCCAAUAAUGGCCACGCUACUUCAGAGCGAGACGGAGAAGCAUGGACUCACUCGAUGACGACCCUACCAAUUUCGAAGGCGUUCUGCCUGUGAUCCCGUCCGACUCCCCUCCAGUCUACAAAGACACCAAAAGCAAUGCAGCAACCGGUGCCUCCGCCGCGGGGGUUCGAGCCUUCACCGCGCAGGCAGUGGCAUUCUAUUUCCGCGCGCCGGUGAAAGCCUUCUUUCGAACAAGGGUUGAUUAUCUCGCGUAUGCCAAAAGUAUUAAUCCGGAUAUACAAAAUGGUCGGUGGUCAUGGAGGUCUACCACACCAGGCCUGCUGGCGACGGCGAUCAAACACUACGGUUGGCGUUUCGUGCCCGAGCAGUUGGCGCUGCCGUUGCUUGCGAACGUGGCCGUCGGAGCUGCGCUGUACACCAGUUACCUGCAGAUUUUGGGCACGCUACACGAACCUUCGGCGCAUGCCAGGAAAACGGUUUACCCACCUCCACCGCCGCAGAGUACCUUCCUUGCGGGUUUCACAGCGGGCUCUAUCCAAAGCGUCCUGGCAGCCCCCUUAGAUGCUCUUCAGGUGCGGUUCGAACGACGAGGGCCGAGAUACGAGGAUAAGACCAUGUGGGAAUAUGGCAAGGGAAAGUUAAAAGAGAUUGGAAUGAGAGGGAUAUUUGCCGGGUUCGGACUGAGUUUCCUGAAGGAUAGCUUUGGGAGUGGUGUGUUCUUUUGUGCCUUUGAAUGGGUCAAGGCGCAGGGGUAUCAUGGAUACGUGCAGUGGUACUACGGACACAAGCUCGCUGAAGGUUGGCAGGGAGAAGAAGUUGGGAUGAAGGAGAGAAAGCCAACACAUGCCACAGCUGAGGAGCGACCAGAGGCGAUGCAAGACCCUCAAGCGUUACUGGUGAGGCCGCAUUACGCUAUUGAACCGGCAUUUCUCAUGCUCGCUGGCAUUUCCGCUUCGAUCACCCAGCAAUUCGUCCUCUAUCCUCUCUCUACAAUCCAGACUCUCCACUACGAGCGCCUCGAGGAACUCGACAAAAAGGCCAUCAAACUCAACGCUGACAACGUGCCGCUGGCGAGACGUGGCAGGAUGUUAAGGGCAUACUAUCACGCCUACCAAGAGACCUGGAAGCAAGCUCGCCUCCAAGCAGUGGCUGACGGGGGAAUGAGGCGAUGGCUGUUUCGGGGCUUCUGGUGGUUCACGAUUCGGCAGGUCCCGAGUACAAGUGCGGGACUGAUCAUCUUCGAGUUGGUAAGAAGGAAGUAUGGGCAGGAGGGUUUGGGUGAUGAGGUCAGGAUAUCCAGCAAAGGGAAGUAUGAUAUCCUUCUGGUAUGACGGAAGCAUAAGCGUUUCUGCGUGCGAUGCAUUCAGCUUUGGCGUCCUGGUUGGAUGAGGCUGGUAGAUGAUAGAUGGAUGGGAUGAUACUUAGGUUGAUACUGGUAUCAGCGGUCUCAUUGUCGAAGAAUGGUGUAGGCGUAGAUGUGCUCCUCGCCUCCGCAAAAUCAAACAGGCAAUCUCUCUCCCUUUGUGCAGUCAGCAAUAUUCUCAGUAUCGUUGCUUCUGCUUCGGCUCUCGAUAAUAGGCACAGUAGAGGAGAGCUCUAGAGCGAUAUUCCAC